GACAUUGUAUAUCAUCUAGAGCUUUUUUGAGUCUUGUGAUUUUGGGUAUUGCAGAUUUCUGUCUGGUUUUUCUGUCUGUUAUUGUAGUGAAAAUGUCUUGCUGUGGUGGAAAUUGUGGGUGUGGUGCCAACUGCAGCUGUGGCAAUGGCUGUGGGGGGUGCAAGGCCUUCCCAGAGAAGGUUGUAGAAGCCCCUGUGUUUGCUGCCACUGCUUCUGACAUGGAGUGUUAUGAAGAAAUGAGUGUGGCAGGGGAGAAUGGAUGUAAGUGUGCAGGUGGGUGUAAGUGUGGAGAUAGCUGCACCUGCAACCCUUGCAACUGCAAAUGAUGAAUAAAACUAUAUGUGGUCAUCACCCUAAAGUCUGUGUGACAACUUUAUCAUGUAAUAGUUGAAAAUUUGUGUGUGAUAAAUAAACUAUGCUGUUGUACUGAUAUAUAUGUGUGGAAGGGUUGUUUAAGACAGAUAUAAGUUCCAUGUCAUAAAUGAUGACCUGCUUGUAUGGGAGUUGUGUAGACAAGCAAAUCUGUAUGUGGGUUUUAGAUUAAUGGAAUUAAUGCUGAUCUGUCGUAAAGUUUCUUAAUAAUUAGCAUCAUGGAUUCUGCCUUUUA